AUGGAACCCCCAUCGACAUCGGCCGACACUCUGACCCUCCACGAGAUCCAGCUUCGACACAAACUGUCCCCGGCCACCAUCCGCACCCUCUCCUCCAUCCCGAGCAAGCCCGACAGACGCACCGUCCUCGAGACAGCCUGCCACGCGACGGAAACCCGCUCAUUCUCCAUCAAGCAGGUCGAGCGCGCCUUCUUCCGCCACAUCAACGAGAACACACAGAUCCCGUACCUCGUGCGCCGCGAGGCCGUCACUCAGCCCUGGCACAAGGUCUUCCUCCUGGUUCAGGUUGAUCUUCUGGGGAGUACUGGGUGGCCGAACAGGCUCACGGCUUCGGCGCGCAAGGAGCUGCUCCAGGAGCGUGGGCGGAUCUAUGCCGUCGUUGAUCGCGUGCUGCGCUGUAUCGUCGAUAUCCUCGGCCAGCGGCUCGACGGGCGCGGGGUCGGCGUGGCGCUCGAUGUGCUGCGCAGUGUCAGGGCCGGCGUGUGGGACGGGAGGGGCAUGGAGCUCGUGCAGGUGGACGGUAUAGGACGGGUCAAGAUGGAGAGGCUCGUCGCAGCAGGGGUGCGCACAGUCAGGCAGCUUUCCAACCUCGAGUUUUACCACAUCGAGCGGCUUCUCACCCGCAACCCGCCGUUUGGACAGACGGUUCUCCGUCAGCUGGCCGGUUUCCCGCUCCUACGUCUGAAAGUCGACGUCGUGAGGAUGCUUGGCGCGGCUGCUGAUGAUCAGACGGAAGGCAGCCCAUUAUGGAUUGCCCGCAUCGUCAUCGGCUACGAGAAUGAAGACCCCCCCCAGUGGAGGAAGAGGUAUCCCUGGACCACGCUCGUCGUCGAGGGCCAGGACGGCCGCUUGGUGUGGUUCUGGCGGGGUAGUGUCAGGAGGCUGGAGGGUGGUAAGGAGAUGGUCGUCAGAUGGGCGGGACGGCGCGGGGAGAAGCUCAAUGCGACAUUUGCCUGUGAAGAGCUGGUGGGUACAUCAGUUAGCCAGGAGGUUCUUCUCUGA